GACUGAUUGGCUACCAAAAUAGUUUUACAAUCGUACCAUCAUGGUGUCUGCAGAUUUCGCUGAACGGCCAGUCAAGAAGCUCGUGCUGUUCGAUGUCGAUGGGACGUUAUCGCCCGCACGUCAGAGGGCAUCUCCGGAAAUAAUUCAGCUCUUGCGCGAACUCAGAAAGCAGGUCGCUAUAGGCUUUGUUGGCGGGUCUGAUUUCGUCAAGAUAUCUGAACAGCUCAGUGUUGGUGAUAUCAAUGUUCUGGAGGAGUUCGACUUUGGGUUCGCUGAGAACGGCCUUACCGCGUACCGACUUGGAAAGCCGUUGGAGUCGCAGUCCUUCAUCAAAAUGGUAGGCGAAAAGGACUAUCAGGAGCUGGUCAACUUCAUCUUGCACUACAUUGCUGACAUGAACAUCCCGAUCAAACGUGGAACGUUCGUCGAGUUCCGCAAUGGCAUGAUCAACGUCAGCCCUAUUGGUCGCAAUGCAACUGUCCAGGAACGCAAUGAUUUCGCGGCUUAUGACAAGGAACAUCACGUUAGGGCCGACUUUGUGGAUAUCCUCCGGGAGAAAUUCAAACGACUGAAUCUAACGUUCUCUAUCGGUGGCCAGAUAUCAUUUGAUGUCUUUCCACACGGGUGGGACAAGACUUACUGCCUUAGACAUGUGGAGAAAGAUAACUUCGAAGAAAUCCACUUUUUCGGGGACAAAACAAACAAGGGGGGUAACGACUACGAGAUCUUCAGUGAUUCUCGCACUGUCGGGCAUACUGUUAAGAGUCCUGCAGAUACGAUGAGAAUUUGCACAGAGCUCUUCCUGUCAUAGGCCGCUCGACGUAAGUUCGAAAAUUUCAUGAAGUUGUAAAUUCAAAGCCCAUGGUCUCGCGUAAAUUUGGGGAUAACAGUUACAACUACCAAUGAUUCUUCGUUGCUGACGAAUUGUGUACAUAGUGAACAAAUACGACCAUAUGUGUUUCUAU